AUGUUUCAAGAGAUUCUGAAUAGGGUAUAUGACGUUGUUGGAUGUGAUCGUAUGUAUGUGGAACUGAAAUUGUUUAUGAGAUAUCCGAUGCCGGGAAAAUAUGUGCCAAUUGCACUAGAGGAUGACGAGUCACUGAGUGCUAUGUGGCUUUCAGUGACACAAACGUCAGCCAUGGCAAUGGAGGUGUACAUUGAACAAGUUCCCAAAGAGAUAAAUGUGCAAAGUAAUGUGGGUUAUGUACCUUCAAUGGACUUUAGGGAUAGCAUGGAGGUACCGACAUCAGCUCCUAAUAUGCAAUUUGAAUCAUUUACUAGCAUGUUGUCAGACCCACAUUAUGUAAAUCAGCACAUGAAUGAGUUUAUUUCUCCUGCUUCGUCUCCCCACAUACCAUCCACAUUCCAUCUUGACACUCUACAUCAAAAUGAUGUUGAUUUUUUGGGAAACGAGGAGGAGCAUGUGGAUUCUGAUAGGGAUGAGGAUGAUGAUGCAAGAGAAUUAGCUGACAAGGCAAUAAAGGCUGGUGUUCCUUCACAAGAUUGGCUUAGAGUUGACGAAGUUGAUCAAAGGUUAAUAGAUUCAUGGAUGACUUGGAAUGUCACUGGUUCAUUAACUGUGGCUUCUGAAUUUGAGAUAGGACAAGAGUUCGCCUCAUUGCAGCAAUUAAAGAAUUUUGUGAAAGCAUGGUCGAUCUCUAGAAACCAGAUGUUUCGGGUGUUAGAGUCAGAGCCCACAAAGUAUGUCAUUGAAUGUGCUAGAAAGGAAGUGUGUCACUGUCCAUGGAGGUUGCGUGCAAUCAUGACUAAGUCGUUCUCAUUCAAAAUUGUACGAUAUGUUGGUCCACAUGCAAGCAAUUGUUUAGGAGACAUAACAUGUGGAGACCAUCCUCUCAUUUCAUCAGAUUUCGUUGCUGAUCUUAUCGAGGAUUUCAUUAGGACUGAUCCUUCAUUCAAAGUUCAGUCCAUCCUUACUUUUGUGAAGAACCAAUAUCAAUUUUCAAUAACAUAUAAGAGAGCUUGGUUAGCAAAACAAAAGGCAAUCAGCAAUAUUUUUGGUGAUUGGGAGAAGUCGUAUCAAGAGUUACCGAGGUACUUGCAAGCCUUGAAAGAGUCCAAUCGAGGCACUGUCGUUUACUGGAGUACGAUCCCAACACAAGAUCCUACUACGCACAUCUUUAGGAGGGUCUUCUGGGCCUUUAAACCCUCCAUUUCCGGAUUCCGUCAUUGUCGGCCUCUUAUCACUAUAGAUGGUACUCACUUGUACGGGAAAUACAAAGGCAAAUUAUUGAUUGCUAUGGGAACAGAUGCUAAUUUCCAGCUAUUCCCACUUGCCUUUGCUGUUGUGGAGGAAGAAAGCACGGAGGACUGGUCUUGGUUUUUAGCUUGCAUUAGACGUUCCGUCACAGAUAGAAAGGAUCUGUGUGUCAUCUCUGAUCGUCAUAGGGGUAUCCUUGCAGCUAUGAAUGAGCCUGGUAGUGGUUGGGAGGAACCAUAUGCACAUCACCGCUUUUGUGUGCGUCAUCUUGCUUCGAACUUGAAUUCGAAGUAUAAGAAUGCUGCCAUCAAGAACCUAUUCGGAAAAGCUGCAUAUGCUAGGCAGAAAAGGAAGUUUUUGUACUAUAUGGAUCGAAUUGGCUCCAUUAAUGUCGAGGCAGCUAGAUAUCUGUUGGACAUUCCCCUUCAUCUAUGGUCUCUACAUCAUGAUGGUGGGUGUAGAUAUGGUGUGCAAACCACCAACAUGUCUGAAGUGUUUAAUGGUGUCCUAAAAGGAGCAAGAUGUCUACCGAUCACUGCUUUGGUAAGAAUGACAUUUUAUCGUGUCAAUUCUUAUUUUGCUACAAGGAGAGAAUUAGGUAGAAAAAGACUUGAGGAAGGCCAUGAUUAUAGCCCGAAGGCGACUAACAUCAUUGAAAAGAACAUGGAGAAGGCAGGUGCUCAUGAGGUGAUUGUGUUUGAUUAUGAGCGAGGGCUAUUUGAGGUCACUACUGGUCGUGGAGACCGUAUUGCGGGAAAGGUGGAAAGAAACACACGGUUAACUUAA